AUGGCUCCCGUCACUCUGAGCACUGUCGAUAACGAAUUGAAAGAUGUGAUCCAGCACUUGUUCGAGAUACAAUCCGCCGUGCAUGGCUAUCUCGGCCCAGAGACUCAGACUGAGCUCGUCCGCAAGAUCAAAAACCUUACUCUCGCCUUAUCCACGCUCUCCAAAGAUACGAAGCCCGAUCCCAACUCCUCACCCUCAACAACAGCGGCAGCAGCAAACUCAGACAGCGGCGAUCCCCUUGUUACAAACAUCAAACUACCUCCCGAAAUCAUCGACUACGUGGACGGCGCCAGGAACCCGGAUAUCUACACACGCGAGUUUGUCGAGUUGGUGCAACGCGGGAACCAAGAUCUGAAAGGGAAACAGGAAGCAUUUGCCAGCUUCCGUGACGUCCUUGCCCGCGAGAUGAGGAGUGCAAUGCCGGAGUGUCGGAGGGAGGUUGAUCGCGCGGUGGCUGCGACA